AUGAGGGUUAUUGCUUCGACCGAGCGCAUAAAGGUUCCUACAAGUGUCAAGGUGUCGGUGCGGUCACGUGUCGUCACUGUCAAAGGGAAGCGGGGGAUUCUGAAACGUAGUUUCCGUCAUCUUGCACUGGACAUUAGGGCGACAAAACGCGCCGUUACGGUCACAAAAUACUUUGGUGUACGCAAAGAGUUGGCUGCUGUCCGCACUGUUUGUAGUCACAUUGAGAACAUGAUAAAAGGUGUUCAAUUUGGAUAUGAGUAUAAAAUGCAAACGUUGCACGCCCACUUCCCUAUCAACGUUAUUGUCCCUCCGGACGGUUCCAGGGUCUCCAUCAAGAACUUCCUCGGUGAGCGGACCACUCGUGUUAUUCCCAUGCUCCCGGGUGUGAAGGCUAUUGGGGGUGGUGGUGCUUCUGAUACUCUUUUAAUCCGAGGCAAUAACAUUGAGGAUGUUUCCAAGUGCGCUGCUCUCAUCCAACAAUCGUGCUCUGCGCGUCAUAAGGAUAUUCGAAAAUUCUUGGAUGGUAUCUACGUUUCCAGUCGUGGCACUGUUGAAGAAAUGAAGUGA